AUGGAGAACCAGACUGAAGUUCAUGAAUUCAUUCUCCUGGGACUGACAAAAGACCGCCAAAAGCAAUUCAUUCUCUUCAUACUUUUCCUGCUGGUCUAUGUGGCCAGUUUGUUGGGAAAUGGAGUCAUUUUGGCUAUAGCACUGGCUGAGCCUCGACUUCAUACUCCCAUGUAUUUUUUUCUAGGUAAUCUCUCCUGCCUGGACAUAUUUUACUCCACCGUUACUGUGCCAAAUAUGCUGAAUGGCUUCCUAAUAGAGAACCAAACGAUUUCAUUUAUUGGCUGCCUGACUCAAUUGCACUUCUUCCACUUUCUGGGAAGCAGUGAGGCCCUUGUUCUCGGUGUCAUGGCUUUUGAUCGCUAUGUGGCUAUAUGCAACCCUUUGCGUUACACUGUCAUCAUGAAUAAAUGGGCAUGCCUCCUGCUAGCUGGGGCUACUUGGUGUAUUGGUUUCUUUCAUGCCCUGAUGCACACAGUGGUGACUUCCAGGCUGUGGUUUUGUGGUCCAAAUCAUGUUCACCACUUUUUCUGUGACAUCAAACCCCUGCUAAAAUUGGCCUGUAGUAGCAUCACCCUCAAUCUCACUCUUCUUAAUACUAUCACUGGUUGCAUUGCUUUGGGUCCCUUCUUCCUCACUCUUCUCUCCUAUAUUUACAUUGUCUCCUUCCUCUUUUUUAAAGUCCAGUCCUGGCAAAGUCGUUGGAAAGCCUUCUCCACCUGUGCUUCCCACUUGACUGUUGUGACUCUUUUCUAUAUUCCAGUCCUUUCCAACUACAUGCUUGCCUCUGCUGGGGGAUCUUCUGAAAGAGACAUGAUCAUUACUCUCUUGUACAGUGUGGUUACUCCAGUUUUAAACCCUCUAAUUUACACUCUGAGGAACCAGGAAGUAAAAUUAGCUCUCAAAAAGAUUCUAAGCAGAAAACUCUUCUCUGGACAGACAUAG